AAAUGAUUCCCGAAAUAUUUUUUCUAACUCCAGAUUCUUCUCCUAUCUUCACACAGCUCAUUCUUCCUCUCAACCUAACCGAUUCUUCUCCUAUAUUCAACCGAUUCUUCACCGACUUCCUAAUUUUAGCUCCCGCGUGAAAGGGUUUCCUCAAGCUGGCGGUAAUUCUAGCUCCCGCCGACUUCCCAGCAAAAAACGUCCUUCCUUCUUCAUCUUCUUCCUCUUGGCUUCCCCCAAAAGGUAUGUAAAGAAUAUGGAACCUUCAAAAGCUAGAGAUGCUACACUAAGUUGCUUUGCUGCAUAUGUGGUGUGUAUAGUGUGUGCUUACUUUAUGUUGUUUGAGAAUAAAAGAGAAGUAACUCCUAGGGAACCAACCGAGUUGAGAGAUUCAUUGAGAAAUGCUUAUAUCUACCGGUUGUUCUAUGGCGGCAGAACAUUUACAUAUGACUACUUAAGAAUGGAUAGAGGUCCAUUUUUUAACCUUGUUCGCAUGUUACGAAAGUCUAGACUUCUUAAAGAUACCAUAUAUGUUUCCAUCGAGGAGCAAGUUGCUAUGUUUUUACACAUAGUAGGGCAUAAUGCAAAAAAUAGGGUUGUUGGUAUAAACUUCGUACGUUCAGGCGAAACUAUUAGUAGGUACUUCAAUGCAGUCCUCGUGGCAAUAUUAAAACUAAGACCAUUACUAAUGAAGCAAGCGAGUGGUGAGGUAUCCGAUGAGAUUCGUUGUAGAUCAACUUGGUACCCUUGGUUUGAGAACUGUAUUGGUAUGAUUGAUGGAACACACAUUGCUGCGUCUGUCCCUGAUAAUAUAGUUGCUCGAUUUCAUGGUCGUAAAGAUGGUCCCACACAAAAUGUGCUUGGAGUUGUUACACCUAAUAAGCUAUUUUGUUAUGUCAUGGCUGGAUGGGAAGGGUCCGCUAAUGACUUUACAGUUUUGAGGGAUGCAUUAUCUAUGCCUCCUCCAAAGGGAUUGCGUUUGAUAAAAGAUAAAUAUUAUCUCUGCGAUGCUGGAUAUACGACAAUGCCCGGUUUUAUUGCACCUUAUCGUGGCGUGCGCUACCAUCUUAAAGAGCAAGACGGUAGAGAACCAUUGAACCAUCGAGAGCUUUUUAAUCUUCGUCACUCAUCACUUCGAUCAAAGAUAGAGAGCGCAUUUGGAAUUUUGAAAAAUCGUUUUAAAAUUCUAACAUGUAGGCCUGAUUUUCCAUUUCAAACACAGGUCAAGAUUGUUAUUGCAUGUUGCAUUCUACAUAAUUAUAUAAUGAUAGUUGAUCCAGAUGAUCGUUACAUAACAGAAGAUGUAGUUUUUGAUGAAAGAGAGAGUGAAAUUGCUAAUGAAGAAUCUGACGUUAGCAUGCUCAAUUUAAGCAAAAGGGAACAGAAAGAAGCACAAGCUAUUUGGUUAAAGAAAAGAGAUGAAAUAGCAAAGUCUAUGUGGAUAGAAUAUUGCGCUCGAUAUAAGGAAGGGAAUGAGGUGGAAAUUGGAUUAGGUGAUUAGUAUUUGUGUUUUGUAUUGUUUUAAUUGAUACCACCAAUAUAUGCUAGAUCAUUAAGCGAACAAGUUUGUUUUUUUGUUUUUCCUAUUAUCAAGCUUAUUGGAAACCAAAUUUUGUGUAUCUAUGACAUUUCUUUAUUGAUAUAUUCUUUUUUAUGA